GGUGCUGGCAAUGCCAUCAAGAAAGGCGUUGGAAUCGUCCACGGAGCUGGUGAAGCCAUCCGAGGCAACAUCAAUGCCUUCGCAGACAGUGCCGUCGGCAGCAGAGAGGGCAUGGCCAAAGACCAAAACAUCGUCGAUCGCGGCGUGCAUGAGAUGAACACCGGCCACUACCACGGAACCGGUGCCGGCGUGACUCCAGUUGACACAGAUCGGGAACGACAGAACCGCGUCGCACAGGGCGAGUAUGACAACUCUGGAGCCUACUCCGGAAACACUGCUCGCGGUCCUCAUCAGAGUAGCAUGGCAAACAAGGCCGACCCCACUGUCGAUUCGAAUCUUGGUAUGAGG